AUGGCAGUUGUUCCGUACAUAGCCGAGCUGAUGAGGGACGCAGCUCAGGAGGAUGCUGAGGCCAACGCGCAUGAAUAUUUAGACGAAGAGGCCCAGUGUUUGAACACCAACCUAUAUUACAUCCUGGUGGUGACAGUCGAGGACAAGGCCGAGGGCAUCGUGAACAGCGUUCCUGCAGGAGCAGGUCUGGAAGCGUUGCGAUUACUAUGUGUGGAGUUCGACCCGAAGGUGCCGUCGCGAGUCUCGGGGAUGCUGGGCUCUAUCUUGUAUCCACGUGUGCAGGAGAACGACCCGAUCAAGGGCAUCGUACCAUGGCAGACGCUGUUGAAGCGAUACGAGGAGCAGACGGGCAAGAAGGUCAUGGAGUCAACCGAGAAAUCGGUUCUAAGCGCGAUGCGGGUCCCAGACAAGCUUCGAGAACACCUGGGGCUGCACGAGGCGAGUUUCACGACGUGUGCGAAAUUUUCG